GUAGCGGGCUGGAUCUUCACAGGAAGAGGUUGGACUGGUUGUGUUUCUGACUGGGGUGCGCUCACACACCCCUCGGGAGACAUUUGUUUAUGUGUGUGUGUGUUCUGUGUGUGAAUGUUCAGACACGUUGCCAAUGACUUUAUUACAUAUGCAGUAGAGGGAGAAGCCCUAAAAACGGCAUUAUCUCUUCAGUCAGGGUCGGAGUUAAGCAUUAACCUCUCUCUACAGACUACGAAUACAAUCCCGCCCUGUGUGUGUGUGUGUGUGUGUGUGUGUGUGAGGAGACCGUAAGAUCUCUUGUCCAUUAAAGAGCUUCAUAGCUCAAAGGCCUGCUGAGUCCCGUCCUGCGAUUGUCUCAGUGUCUGUGAGCAAAUUGUAUCUGCGGAGUGUGUUUGUGUGUUCUGCUGUUGACGGAGUGGAGCAAUUGAGAAGACUCAACCAAUAGUGUCCCAUCUUCUGAUUGGAGGGGAACCUCUGGAGUGUGUGCUUGUUUUCUGCUGUUGUUGGAGCAGAAAGGCCAGAGAGACUAGCCUUAAUCGGAGCUGAGCCUGUGGAGUGUGAGGAGUGUGUGUGUUAUUGUCCUGUCGUGUCUUCCUGACCAGAGCUGACUCCGGGGACACAAUGACGGCCGAAGCUCUGGAGAAGUACUGUGGAUCCAUCUUCUGGAACUCGUCGUUCCUGCAGCGUGAGGACCCAGACCUGCCAGUGUGUGUGGAGCAGACCGUAUUGGUGUGGGCUCCGCUGGGCUUCCUGUGGCUCUGUGCCCCCUGGCACAUAGCAGUGCUCUGCAGGAAUGCCACCCCCACUAAACACCUGUCCAAACUAUACCUCUGUAAACAGAUUGUGGUUGGCCUGUUGUUCCUGACCGCCGUAGCAGGUCUAGCUGUGACGUUAGGAGAGGACUAUGGUCCAACCAGAGAUACCACUGCGACAGAGAAAAACCCUUGGGUUUUCUAUGCCAACCCCAUUCUGUUCACUGUCUCAUGGAUCCUGCUGAUGCUCUGUCAGGAGGGAGUGAGGAGGAGAGAGGGAGCGGUGGACUCUGCUACUGUGUUCCUCUUCUGGCUGAUCCUGGUGGUCUGUGAUAUCUUCCCCUUCCAGACCCUUCUACGAGAGGCCCUCAGAAUGGGAGAGAUCUCAGACCUCCCUCGUUUCUGUCUCUUCUACAUCUCCUUUGGGCUGGAGUUGAUCGCCCUCAUCCUGUCCGCCUUCGCAGAUGUCCCCCGGGAAGUAGAGGACCUGGUCAAAAAGAACCCAGAGGUUGGAGCCGCAUUUCUCAGCAGAAUCACAUUCAAUUGGUUCAACAGCAUGGUGCUAAAUGGUUUCAAGCGCCCUCUGGUCCAGAAGGACAUGUGGGAGCUAAGUGAGGCAGAGAGUACCCUCCAGAUCAGUCAGCGCUUCCAGCAGACCAUGCAGACAGAGCUGGAAGCAGCCAGAACCAGGCUUCAGGCCAAAAUGAGGAAGAGAGGGGAGGAGAAGGCAAGCAAAGGCCAGGGAGAGGGCCUCCAAAUCGGGCAUCAGAAUAGCCUGGGGAAGGGGGUCAGCCAGGAUGUGCUGAUGAUGGAGGAAAAGGAGGAUAAAAAGGACAAGAAGAAGGAGAAGAAGAAGAAGAAGAAAGAAGAGAAGGAGGACUACCCCGAGUCGUGGCUCAUCCCCACUAUCACUACCACAUUUAAAGGGGUCCUGUGGGAAUCAGCUUUCUUCAAGCUCGUAACGGACCUGCUAUCCUUUGCCAGUCCACAGAUCCUCAAGUUGAUGAUAUCCUUCACUACGGACAAAUCCAUCUACACGUGGACAGGGUACAUGUAUGCAGUGCUGCUUAUCCUGGUGGCCGUCUUUCAGUCUCUGUUCCUGCAGCAGUACUUCCAACGCUGCUUCGUUCUGGGGAUGAAAGUCAGAACAGCCAUCAUGGCUGCUGUGUACAAGAAGGCUCUGGUCGUAUCGAACGACGCCCGUAAGGAGUCGACGGUCGGGGAGACGGUGAACCUGAUGUCAGCCGACGCUCAGCGAUUCAAUGAUGUUGUUAACUUCAUCCACCUGCUGUGGUCGUGCCCACUGCAGAUAGCACUCGCUAUCGCCUUCCUAUGGAUAGAGCUUGGGCCUGCUGUACUGGCUGGAUUGGCUGUCAUGGUCCUCAUGGUGCCCAUCAAUGGUCUGCUGGCCAACAUGUCCAAGAACGUUCAGAUUGAGAACAUGAGGUACAAAGACAAACGGAUGAAAAUCGUGAACGAGAUGCUGAAUGGCAUCAAGAUCCUGAAGCUAUAUGCAUGGGAACCAUCAUUCCAGAACCAGGUGAUGGGGAUCAGAGAACAAGAGCUGGUGGUCAUGAGGAAGUUUGCCUACCUCUCCUCCGUCUCCACCUUCAUCUUCUCCUGCGCCCCCGCCCUGGUCUCCUUGGCAACCUUUGCAGUGUUUGUAGCAGUGGACUCAGAGAACGUUCUGGAUGCAGGGAAAGCCUUCACCUCCAUCUCUCUGUUCAACAUCCUCCGCUUCCCUCUGGCCUUCCUGCCCAUGCUCAUAGCUGCAAUGGUGCAGACCAGUGUUUCUAAGACGCGUCUGGAAAAGUUCCUGGGAGGAGACGACCUGGACACCAACAUUGUGCGUCACGACCCCAGCUUCAACACAGCCGUGAGUGUCUGUAAUGGAACCUUCGCUUGGGAGAAAGACGCUGAACCUGUUCUCAAAAAUGUGUCAUUGGAAAUUAAGCCCGGCAAGCUGGUAGCAGUGGUGGGAGUGGUGGGUUCUGGGAAAUCUUCUCUGAUAUCAGCAAUGCUGGGAGAGAUGCACAGCGCAAAGGGUUUCAUCAAUGUACAGGGGUCGGUAGCCUUCGUGCCCCAACAGGCCUGGAUCCAGAACGCCACUCUCAGGGACAACAUCCUGUUUGGCUGCCCACUGGAGGACUCUCGUUUCCAGGCUACGCUGGAGGCCUGCGCCCUGGGGCCCGACCUGGAGCUGCUGCCUGGGGGAGACCAGACUGAGAUCGGGGAGAAGGGUAUUAACCUGUCCGGGGGUCAGAAGCAGCGUGUGAGCCUGGCCAGGGCGGCCUACAGCCAGGCUGACGUUUACCUGCUGGAUGACCCUCUCUCAGCUGUAGACUCUCAUGUGGGCAAACAUCUGUUUGAGGAGGUGGUGGGACCUAAAGGCAUACUCAAAGAUAAGACCCGUAUCUUGGUGACCCAUGGAGUGAGCUUCCUGCCCUACGUGGAUGAGAUUGUUGUACUGAAAGAGGGAUGUGUUUCUGAGGUCGGGUCAUACCAAAGUCUCAAGGACAGCAAGGGGGCUUUCUCUGAGUUCCUGGACACCUAUGCUAAAGAGGGGGGCAAGAAACACACUGACCCAACCUCUGAUGGGGAGGAGGUGGGGCUGGUCCCUGAUUUACAGGAUCCUCAGGCCGACACCCCUCCUGAAGACAUCGUCUCAAUGACCCUGAAGAGAGAGAGCAGCAUCCGACGCAGCCAACGCAAUGGAAGUGUUAGGUUGAGAAAGAACAGUUCCCUAAAGAAACCGAAGCCACCUGCUGAUGACGAGACCAAGAAAGGCCAGAGGCUGAUCGAGAAGGAAACCAUGGAGACGGGACAGGUGAAGUUCUCGGUGUAUCUCCAGUACCUACGUGCAAUGGGCUGGGGCUACUCCACCAUGUUCUUCCUGGUGUACUUCAUCCAGAACGUUGCUUUCAUUGGUCAGAACCUGUGGCUGAGUGACUGGACCAAUGACGCGGAGGAUUACUACAAUAAGACCUACCCCAACUGGAAGAGGGACACUCGGAUUGGUGUAUUCGGUGCGUUGGGCGUGGCUCAAGGUUUAUUUGUAUUCAUGGGCACCCUGCUCCUGGCUAACGGCUCUAUCAAUGCGUCUCGUAUCCUCCACUCCCGGCUGCUCAACAAUAUUCUACGUGUUCCCAUGAUGUUCUUUGACACUACGCCAUCCGGCAGGGUUGUCAACCGCUUUGCCAAGGACAUAUUCACAGUGGACGAGGCCAUCCCCCAAUCAUUUCGUUCGUGGAUCAUGUGUUUCCUGGGUGUGCUUGGAACACUCUUUGUCAUCUGCCUGGCCACACCCAUUUUCACCGCCAUCAUCAUCCCUCUGGCUGUGGUCUACUACUUCGUUCAGCGUUUCUACGUGGCAAGCUCACGGCAGCUGCGUCGUCUGGACUCUGUGUCUCGGUCUCCUAUCUACUCUCACUUUGGAGAGACAGUGUCUGGUCUGUCGGUCAUCCGGGCCUAUGGACACCAGGACCGCUUCCUCAAACACAACGAGAAAGUAAUUGAUGAAAACCUCAAGUCAGUCUACCCGUGGAUAGUCUCGAACAGGUGGCUGGCCAUCCGUCUAGAGUUCCUUGGUAACCUGGUAGUGUUUUUCUCAGCUCUGCUUGCUGUCAUUGCCCGGGACUCUCUGGACAGUGGCCUGGUCGGCCUCUCCAUCUCUUAUGCCCUCAAUGUGACCCAGACCCUGAACUGGCUGGUGAGGAUGACAUCAGAACUGGAGACCAACAUCGUAGCUGUGGAGAGAGUCAGCGAGUACACGGAGAUAGAGAAUGAGGCGGACUGGGUGUCAGAGAUACGACCACCAGAGAAGUGGCCUGAGGCUGGGAGGCUGAGGUUCGAAAACUUCAAGGUCCGCUACCGACCUGAACUGGACUUGGUGCUGCAUGGGAUCACCUGCGACAUCGACAGCACAGAGAAGAUCGGUAUAGUGGGUCGAACAGGUGCUGGGAAGUCCAGUCUGACCAACUGCCUGUUUAGAAUCAUCGAGGCAGCAGAGGGACGGAUCUUGAUCGAUGGGACAGACAUCGCUACUCUAGGCCUACAUGACCUCAGGAGCAGACUCACUAUUAUACCACAGGACCCAGUGCUGUUCUCAGGGACGCUGCGUAUGAACCUGGACCCGUUUGAGACCUUCAGUGAUGAGGAGAUCUGGCGCGUCCUAGAGCUGUCCCAUUUGAAGGAGUACGUGGGAGGGUUACAGGAAGGACUGACCCACGAGGUGUCAGAGGGGGGAGAGAACCUCAGUAUUGGUCAGAGACAGUUGUUGUGUCUGGCCCGUGCCCUGCUGAGGAAGUCUCGUAUUCUGAUUCUGGAUGAGGCUACAGCUGCUGUGGACCUAGAGACAGACAACCUGAUCCAGAAAACCAUACGACGAGAGUUCUCCCAUUGUACUGUACUCACCAUUGCACACAGACUCCACAGCAUCCUGGACAGUAGCAGGGUGAUGGUGCUGGAUGCUGGGAAGAUCGUGGAGUUUGACUCUCCCAGCACUCUCUUCAACAAACAGGGUCACUUCUAUUCCAUGGCAAGGGAUGCUGGUAUCACUACAGUGGACAGCACUGCUCAGGACAGCACAGCAUUGCAUAGCACUGCUCUCUGAGACUUGGGACUUGUAGUACAGUUGGUCUCAGAGAGGGCAGAAUCAUGCCUUAACUGCAGAGGCGAUGAUAACCCCUGGUGUUGAUUGUAAAAGAGAGAAUGUGUUCUCAAUAACUUACCGGAGAGGUAUAUUACAAAGCAGUAUCAACAAGUUAACUUUAGAAGCUUAAGUUAAAUAUGGGCUAUUGAGAAAUAUUAUACCAUUACAAUUUCCAGUUGGUUAUAUACCAUUUCAAAAGCACUACUUCUUUGUGAUAAAGAUGCAUGCCAAAUGUUGUUAUUUUUUCUCAUGUGUUAAUUUCUGACUGAUUUUAUAUAUGUUUUUAUAUACGUUACUGCAGUCUGUUAUUGAUAUAAAGACUGUUUGAUCUGUGA